AUGACGGGUAAGACAGGCAUCAGGAUCCACGAGGACUCGUCGCACUCGAUCUACGUGACAGGCAUCACGUCUUGCACGGUGCACUCGGCCAAGGAGGCGUUGGCGUGCCUACGCCAGGGCGCCCUGUCACGCACCACCGCCUCCACCCACAUGAACUCCCAGUCCUCACGCAGCCACGCCAUAUUCACGCUGCACAUACGACAGCAGCGCAUCGCAAAGGUGGAAGCGGACGAGACAGAGGACGACAACGAUGUGAUCAGCAGCAGCGGUCGCUCCACGAUGGAGUCUAGCUGCGACAGUUCGCAGCAGGAGUUUGUGACGCUGAGCGCCAAGUUCCACUUUGUCGACCUGGCCGGGUCGGAGCGACUGAAGCGGACCGGUGCGACCGGCGACCGUGCCAAGGAGGGCAUCUCCAUAAACUGCGGCCUACUGGCGCUGGGCAACGUCAUCUCGGCCCUCGGUGACAAGACCAAGCGGGCGCUGCAUGUGCCUUACAGAGACUCCAAGCUCACGCGAUUGCUGCAAGACUCGCUUGGAGGUAACAGUCGGACUGUGAUGAUAGCGUGUGUAUCUCCAAGUGAUAGAGAUUUUAUGGAGACACUCAAUACUUUACAAUAUGCAAAUAGAGCAAGAAAUAUACAAAACAAGGUGAUAUUAAAUCAAGAUAAGUCUUCCAGAACAAUAUCGCUUCUAAGGCAUGAGAUUCAAAAACUACAGGUGGAACUCAUGGAAUAUAAACAGGGUAAGAGAAUCGUAGGAGAAGAUGGUAUGGAGGCAGUGAACGAUAUGUUCCACGAAAACACCAUGCUUCAAAAUUAACUGAGUAAUUUUAGGGCACGAAUGAAAGCAAUGCAGGAAACUAUAGAUGCACUCACUAUGGAAAACACCCGCCUUCUCGCUGAAAAAGCAACUGGUGCCUGGCUCCAUUCAGAGCAAGGAAAUGAAGGCGACAUGACUGAAAUGGUUCAAAAGUACCUGAGUGAAAUCGUUGAACUGAGAGCUAAGUUGUUAGAGUCCGAAGCAAUGUGUCAGCAGCUUAGGAAGCAUCCUCCUGCUAUGGCCAGACGAGCGUCGCUGUUGCAGCAGUCAGUGUUCGAGGGCGGAGACAGCAGCAGCACGCAGAACAUCGACUCACUGCUAGAGCAGGCCAAGCGGAAGGUGGAGAAAGAGAGGGAGGCGCUAGUAGCCCGUGGCAAGGAGGCGCUGACGUCAUCCACCGACAGCAAGAAGUCGGACAGCGACUCUGAGUCGGACAGUGUGGGCAAGGACGAAGAGUACACGGCCGAGUUGGCCGAGCUCACCUCCAACAUCAACGUCAAGCAGAAGCUGAUCGAGGAGCUGGAGAAGUCGCAGAAGCGGCUGCACAGCUUGAAGCAGCACUACGAGGACAAGCUGCUGCAGCUGCAGGCCAGGAUAAGGGCCACCGAGGAGGAGCGUGACACCGUUCUCGCCUCUUUCAGUGGACAAAACAAUCAGCCUACAGAAAAGGUGCGCAGAGUCCGUGAGGAAUAUGAGAAGAAACUUGUUUUCCAAUGUGGACAAAACAAUCAGCCUACAGAAAAGGUGCGCAGAGUCCGUGAGGAAUACGAGAAGAAACUGAAUAAUAUGCAGAAGGAAGUGAGAUCGCUGCAGACUGCCAAGAAGGAGCAUGCCAAAAUGCUCAGGCAUCAGUCUCAGUAUGAGAGCCAAAUCCGACAAUUGAAGAAUGAAGUCAGUGAAAUGAAAAGGAUAAAGGUGAAAUUGAUAAACAAAAUAAAGGAAGAAACAGCCAAACAUAAGGAGACUGAGUCUAGGAGAACAAGAGAAAUUGCUCAACUUCGAAAGGAGAGGAGAAAGCAUGAAAAUGUUAUCCGUUCCCUUGAAGCUGAGAAGCGUGCCAAAGAUGUUGUCUUGAAGAGAAAACAGGAAGAGGUUUCGGCGCUGCGAAGAGUGGCGCACCACGGGAAGCUCAGCAACCGGGCGGCGGGGAGAGUGCGCUCCACCAAGAUGGCCGCUUCAUCACCAAAGAUCGCCAAGCAGAAAUGGACGGCGCUCGAGAAGAACAUCUCCACCAACACACUCAACAAACAGUCCAUUGUCGCCUUGGAGAGAGAUAUGGAAAGACUGAUUAACGAACGAAAAGCUCGUCAUUUAGAACUAGAAAGUAAAUUACGAAGGCUGAACGAUCUCCAGGUUUCCCAUCCCCGGGAAUAUCAGCUCCACGCCGAUCUGGAGGAAGAAAUAGAAUCUCUAAGAGCAAACCUACAAUACAUCCAGGAGAGCAUUCAGGAUUCACAGCAGAACAUCUUGCAGGUCGAGGAAUCCAAGAAUGUUUACGAUGAAGCGGAGCUUGUGUCUGGAAUAAACGAUUCAGCUGAAGCAUCAUAUAUAAUUGGAAAGUUGUACAACAUCGCUCUACACCACAGCUGUUCCGCCGCUUAGAAAGAUGCCGUUCAUUCAGAAAUUCAAGCCAAAUAUCAGCAGCUGGAAAGGGAAGCUGAAACGCAAAGAACUCUGCUGGAGCACAUUGUAGGAAAGCAAGGAGAUCUUCUUACAGGAUCCGUUCAAGUCGAAAGCACUCCUUCAUCAGACUCUUCCAGGUCAAACUCUCCAACUGCCGCCGAUACGUAA